CCAACAUCCGCUUGUAGAGCCAUUCAGUGACAUUCAUUAAGGUCACAAAUUAACUUACAUCGAUGAUAAACAGCACGGCAGCUUACACUCGCAUGUACGACUAGUUCUGGUAAAUCUGCGGGCUAAAUAUAGCACAGCGGGUUUCACAACGGUGUGUAUGCCUCAUGGAUGAAAAGGAAAGACUUCACACAAGUGUAAUUGACGCUAGGCGGGCUAUAUGGUAGUGGCCAGUGGUGAGAAUUAACGAAUAUCAUAUUACUGCCCUUCACAAGAAAACGAGGAUUUAUCACACUAUCACAUCAUGAAUCUAGUGAAAUUGCUGACGAUCGUCGGGGGUUUUAUUGUGGGACAGCUAAAUGGAGAAACAGUGAACUUGUUUACCAUGUGUGGACGAGGAACGGAUGGUGAAGCCAAACUUGUGUCCAGGUCAGAAAACGUUACGGUAGAGAUAUAUGGAAAAGACUGGCCUACUGGAAAGAAUUCUUGUGAAGUUGUAUUUCAGUCGAAGACAGGUCGGAGGUCUCUGAAUUACAAAUUCAAACGGUUCCAGGUGAACGACUAUGUGACAGAAGUGAACGUACACUCUAAAUCAUCGCUUAUAUUUAUUCAACGUAUAUUUAACAAGUUUUUGCCACCGGAUAUUGGAGUACUGGAACCUGGCACUUCAACGAUACGUAUAAUCGUCACACGAAGAAAUCUGGCCGCGACAAGCCUAAUAGCUUCGAUGGAAUUAUCCAUCAGGCAAGUUUCCAGUGGCAUGGCAAGUGUUUGUAGAAUGCCAGCUUUGGUAAUUGUUGGUGUUACGCUUAGUGCUCUUGGCCUCGUCUUCAGCAAUGUCUAACGCUAUGAGUAUGGAGUAAGGAUUCAACUUGACAACCAGGGAUACGCUUCCCAAUACUUUAUUGCCAGUCCUUAUCACAUGCGCGACAUGUGGGCGAGAUAAAACACAAAAAUAAUACUCAGUCGGAUGGUCAGCAUGACUUCAUGGUCACAACAUGGAUGGCGCAGUACCACAAGCAUCUGAUCAUUCACUUACUUUGGAUGGAUCCCAUGCGUAUUACAGGCCUACUCCUGGUGAAAACGUCGCUUGUCAUUCGAUUCUCAUUGGACGUCAUGACAUCACAGAAAGACUGAACAUUUUUAACCCGUACGACGGCUAUGUUCUGAUAUAUUUGCAACAAUAUUUUUUUGGUUGGCCAUAUAAGUAUUUUUCUUGGAUGGUUCAACUUUGUUACAAGUCUUUCUCAGGGAUAAUCUUAUUGCAUAUAUGAUGCUCGAACUGACUAGCCUUGACACGUCUAUGGGGCGGUACAUUUGCAUACUGAAUAUCAUUUAGAAGGAAUUAAUUAUGAUAAACAUAAUUAUUAAACCAUAAAUCA